CGAGAGCCGGUCUGGCGCCAGACUCGAGCUCGAGGCCCCACCGGCUGGCCCCUCCAACGGCCGCGUCUGCAGGCCUCCAACAGCCUCCACUGCCUCGGCCUCUCCACUCCCGACGCCGCGUCGCAUCGUCUGCCCCAGCCCGGCGCCGCUUCCGUCGGCCACACGAGUCCCGGCCUCUGCUGGCCACACCACCGGCUCCAGCUGCAGCACCAACACGACCAACUGCACCUCCAGCUAAGGCUACAGCUACAGCUACAACUACAACUGCAAUUACAACUACAACUACAGCGUCAACAACAACAACAACAACAACAACAACAACAACAACACCAACAACAGCUACAACACCAACCUCAACAUCAUCACCACCAACAACAACAGCAACAGUCAGCAUGGUUGCCGAACUGGUCGGAGCAUCAAGUGGCGCCGUCCAGCCCCUGCACUCCGACGCUGUGCAGGUCCAAGUUGGUGAUGGGGCGACACGAUCUGAACGCCCGCUCCACGCGUCUCCCGUCCGGCCCGUCCGGUUCGUCGGCCGCGGUUCAACCGCGUCCCGACGGCUGCCUCCGCGGCCGGCGACUGCGCGAGGCCGGUCGCUGUCACACGCAGUACGCCCGUCCGGUCGGGAUGCCCGUUUGGCCGGGACUGGCGGCCACGGCGACGGCGAUGGCGACGGCGACGGCGAGGGCGGCAGAUGAGCCGAGCUUGCGCGGACAGUUGACCGGAUCUACGGAUCGGUUGGUGCCAGUGGAGCUCGAGAUGUCGGCCAAUCGUGGCCGGCCGGUCGCCUACGCCGAGCUCCGGCCUUGCAGUCCGGCCGGAUUAGAGCCGAGCCGACGGCGACGAGGAGUAGACGUCGUCGAGACGACGAAAGGCGACGCCAACCGAAUCGCAGCGACCGAGAGGCGGCGCCAACCGGCCGACGGAGACACCCUCGACAGGCCAAUUUGGCUCGCGACUGCGCUCAAAGACGACGGCGCCGGACUGGCGCCGACCGGAGACGCGAUCAGACCAUCGGGCCGCCUAGCAACCGGGCCAGUGAUGCGCUCCGGAUGCACCAGAGAGUGGCGACAGAGACGAGUAUGUCAGCUGGAGCCUGUCACGAGGCUGCAUUACAAAACUGGGACUAAAUGGUCCUUCUGCGAGGCCGUUACCACCGCAUCGGCGGCGGUUGCCACGAUGGCCAGUCGUUCACGCCGUCAAGCCUCUGGUCAUUGUGCACUAGUCACUGAACAUGCCAACAAGGCUUUGGUUACCUCACCUCACCUACUCGAGUCGUGCUUUCCUCGCGAUUCUCAUUAG